UGGAGUGGACAAUACUGCAGCGAUGGGUGCUUAACUCCUGACCCAGGGUAGCAACACGCCUAUUUGAUAUGCUUUGGUUUCUUCUUUCGGCCACGGUUGCGACUUUUCGACGGGUCUAAACCAGUUCACCUUUCGUCAUGGAUGCUAUUCAUGCUGCCUUGGAAGGUAAGGCACCGUCAUGUUGCCGUGAAAGAUUUUAUCCGGUUGAAUCCACGCCUUCAGAAGAAACUGAGUUUUGACGAGAAGAGAAGUCUGACCAAGCUAAUCGAGCAGCUGUCCGGGGUGAGUGAGGUGUCAGCUGAGGCACGCCAGACCGCUCUGGAACUGCAGCGAGUACAGGCAACGCUGGACAAGGUAACUGAAGAAAAGGUAGAGCUCGAAAACUAUAUACGUCGAAAAGAAGCCAUACGGAAAUCGUCGGAGAGAGGUUCCGCUAUCGUUUCUGACAUUCGAAGUAGACGAGACAGCGUGGCCAGUGAGCAGAAGACAACGGAUGUGGCGCGCCUUGAACGAGAAAUUACCAGAAUAAAAGGUGAAACUUACGACAAGGAUGUUUGUAUCAAAGGACUUAAAAAAGAAAUUGAAAUUUAUACUUCCAUUCUCACAUUAGUUGAUAAUAUACCAGAGCGUGAAAGUUUACAGAAAUUUUCGGAAGAGCGGCGCAUGCUAUAUCGCGAGGACUACAUUUUGCGCCUACGCCAGGAGGUCCGAAGUAGGGAGAAGGACAUUUCAGAAAUAAAGAAAAAAGCAGUGGACUUGAAGAAAUUACGCGCUGUACUCAAUGACAAACAGGCUUGUAUCAGACUGUAAUAUAGAGUCCAUCUGUAAUACUGUGUCCGACAUAGGAAUGUAAAAGACACUGUAAAAAAAAAAAAAAAAAUUCGGAAAGAUAGCUCUCUACCAGUAGUUUAAAUAAAGUUUUCAGACAAUAUCCCCAAUU